CCCAGCCUGCUUUCAGACUUUUCGUCGGAAAGGGUCCCGGCCUAGAUAAGCCCAUCGCGUGGGCGUUUCCCCUCCCGUAACACUCCCAUAGGAGGUGCUCGUCGUCGGCAUUCCUCUUUCAGUUCUAGUCGCCCAGGCAUCGGGUCGGCCAGCCCCCCAUCUCCGUCGGCUCGCCUUAAUUCGAGUAGCGAAAAGCUUGCCAGGCUUAGCUCUACCUAUCUCUUGGCGGACGGGAGUUGGAUAUUCGUGAUUUGGGAAUACUAUGGCUCCAUGUGAUAUUGGGGGUUGUUGCUCGUCGGAUCCUCUACGUCGCUUCUCGCUACAUCUGUGCCCGCAACGUUUAAAAGGGAACCGGCUGUCUGGUAACGAAUCCUUCUGGAUCAAAUUCUUGUAGAUAGAAGAAGCCUACCUAUUUGCCGGAUCCAGUCAUAUUUCACGAAGCGGGUUUUCUUCUUUAGUGGGGAGGAUCUGGCCCAGAUAUGGCGGCCACAAAGGCUCCCGAGGUUACGGCCUCCGAGGCGGCGAUCGAGUCGAGCUCUAGCAGUGUCGACGAUGGGUUCCACCGCGUCCAGCGCGGCGAGGGCGCCGGCAACGUCUCUAACGACGAGGACAUUGCCGGCUACGACGCGGAGCGUAUGCGUGCGAGGACGGCGCUGACAGCGGAAGAGGAGAAGAAACUGAUCCGGCGGAUCGACUGGCACCUGAUGCCCCUGUGCUCCAUCAUCUUCAUGUUUAAGAACCUGGAUGCGGAUAAUGUCGCGAAUGCCCGUAUCAUGAACAGGGGGACGCCCGAGAACAUCAUGACGCAGUUAGGCAUGACGUCCGAUCAGUACGCUCUCGUUGCUGCCUUAUACUAUAUUCCAUACAUCAUAGGCGAGGCGCCGUCGAACCUGCUGCUGAAGAGAUUUUCGCCUUCGCACUGGCAGUCAAGGAUUAUGGUCACAUGGGGAAUCGUGCUAGCAUGCCACGUUGCCGUCAAGAACAAGGAGGGUUUAUAUGCGACAAGAUUUCUUUUAGGACUAGCCGAAGCCGGGAUGUUUCCAGGGAUCAUAUUGCAGAUGACAUACUGGUAUAGACCAGACGAGAUGUCUCUCAGGCUCCUCUAUUUCUAUGUUUGCGGAAAUCUUAGCGGGAUAUUCGGCGGCAUCCUGGCCUUCGGCUUUGAUCGUGCCUCGGGAGCAAGGGGCCUAUCUGGAUGGCAAUGGCUGUUCUUGGUUGAGUCCAUAGCCACGAUAUUCAUGGGAGUCGCCGUCUGGUUCCUCUUGCCGGACUUCCCCCAGACCGCGUCCUGGCUCACAGAUAAGGAGAAGGCUUUCAUCCAGGCGCGGCUACCACCGAAUGCGCCGCGAGCCGGAGAGCAGGAUUUCAAACUCAGCGAGAUCAUCGCUUCGUUGAAGGAUAAGAGACUGUGGCUCUUUACGUCCAUCUGGGCCUUUUUCACGGUCGGUACCUCGGGAGUGCGUUUCUAUCAGCCAACAGUCAUUGCCGACCUUGGGUUUACCACCAUCGCACAAGCGCAGCUUCUCAACCUCCCCAUAACUAUCCUCGGCCUCAUCGUGAUUGGCAUCACCGGCGUGUUUGCGGAUAACGGCCACCUCCCCCGGCCGCUAUAUCCGCUGACCUUCCUCGUCAUCAUCCUCGCCUGCUACGGCGUGCUAGUGGCCUACCCGAGCACCGGCGCCGUGUACGCGGCGACCAUGAUCGGUAACGCCGUGACCAGCGCGUGGUUCCCCAUGAUGUGGCCGUGGCGCGUGCAGACGACCAGCCGAGCGACCGGGUCGGCCUUCUCGAUCGGGUUCGUCAACAGCUACGGCCAGAUCGGCGGCGCCAUCGGCCCGCAGAUCUUCCGCAGCGCCUACGCCCCCCGCUACCAAGUCUCGUUCGCGUCCGCGAUGGCGCUCGUCGCCUGCUGCAUGGCGAGUACGCUGGUGACGUGGUGGGUCACUCGCCAGACGGAGAGAGACACCCGCAAACUCAAGCUGGCGAGGGUCGCCGCCGCGAAGCGGAACGACGCCAUCCUAAAUGAUGUGGUGGACAACGACUUGAAGAAGAGGCGCGAAGCUCCCGCCGAGGUCUAAUCGUGUAUGCGUACGGCGGGAUCACUGUGCUUUCUUUGUUUGUCCGAAGGAGGAAAAAAAGGGGGGACCAGGAUCGUAAUAUGCCAGCUCGACUGGAACAAGAGUCGAGGCAAGGCAUGCCUCUUAAUUAAGAGAAAGGGGCGAGUACUCCAGCUAGGGGCCAUCUCACUAGAUAUAUACCCUCCC